AACAGUCAGCUAUGUUUUGCGGUUUAUUAAUAUUUUAUGCAUUUUGCAUUUUAAAAAUGACAUCUGGAGAUCCUUCAUCUUUAUAUCUCAAUGAGAUUCGCAGUUUGAGUGAAUUACCAAUGGAUAAACUGAUUCACAUAAGAUCUUCCCUCGCAAAUAAUAAUGAUGUUAACGAAAAUGAAAAUGAAGAUAUCGAUAUGUACAGUAGAAGAUUACCAUUGACACUGCCAAUGGCUUUGCCGGUGGCAUUGAAGAGAAAUAGCAAAAAGCCUAUGAGACGACAUGAGGAACACUAUGAUGAAAAAGGCAAGGACACGAAGAUUUCAAAGAUCUUUCAAUUGGCAGUAACUGCGCUCUCUUUUCUCGCAUUCGGUGGUUAUCUCCUUACACUAAUAAUUACAGCGAUUCGUCGCAAUAGUACGCCCAACGGAAACGGAAAUGUCCUCAUAUUCUCGAAUUUGCAAAGCCUACAGAAACUAAACCGCCCCAAACGGAAUAUUUUAAUAUUCGAUGCGAUGGAGAACAACUUUGAAACAGACAAACUCUAUGAAGGAAUGAUUAUGCUUUCGAGAAGUUACGCCUUGUAUAAUUGACCACAAAUCGUAUAAACUCUGUAUUCUAUA